AUGGAUUCUAUUUCUUUUCCUCCUGAAGUCCUUGAAAGGAUAAUACCUGAUCUUUCUUUAGAAAGACAUAUCAAAUCAGGUAUUCGUCCUAAUUACAGAAAUUUCCAAGAAUUUAGAAAUAUAGAGAUUCUUAAAGUUAUUUCCAAUGAAAAAUUAACUACUUUGUAUAUUAAAAAUGGUAUCACCUUAAUAAUUGCCACUAUUUCCUACACAAUAAAUGAAAUCAUGAACUAUACUCCUAAUCAGUUUACUUCAGUUUAUCCGUCAUUGUCAGUAUCAAGAGGUAGAACUAUUUCAGGUGCUCCAACUGACGAAGAAAUGAAUUUAUGCCAAAAUCUUUAUGAAACUUUACUUGCUAAUAAAUUCUUGCCUUUAGAUUCAUUAGUUUUCAAACCCAAAUUGAAGGUUGAUGAUGAAUUCAUUGAUAUUGACGAAACUGAUUUCAGUUCAAAUUUACAUCAAUUCAAUUUAUCAAUCAAUUUUAAAGUACUUGGUAGAUCUGGUCCUUUAUUCGAUAUAUUAUAUUAUUCAUUAAUAGAGUGUUUAAAAAACUUUAAAUUACCAGAAAUUUACAUGGAAGAUAGUAUCGAGUUAAGAAAUCAAAUCUUUGUUAAUCCUGUUUUAACUCCUGUUAAGUUGAAUAUUCAAAAUAAUCCCAUUUCUUCUAAUUUCGGUAUUUAUAAGUUAAAUGAUGAAAAUUUCAUUUUAUGUGAUCUUGAAAAUGAAAGUGAAGAAUCUAACAUUAUAACAAAAUCUUCAAUCAUAUCGGACGGUGAAAAUCUAUUAAAUUUCAAUUUCAUAAAUGGUAACUUACUUGAUAUAACAAAAGAUGAUUUAAUUCAAAUGAUCAAGUUAUCUGAAACGAGGUCUAAGAAAUUAUCUACACAAUAG